UAAGUUUUCAAGGCUUCUUCAACAAUUCUCUCAUUUCGAAUUUGAUAGAGAGAGAGUAGAGAGGAGACGAUAGUGAGAGAGAGAGAGAGAGAGGUGUAGCAGAGUUUGAAAUCCUUUGGAUUGCAUUAUCAGGAACAAGAGAUCACGAUGUCAAAGAAACGGGGGCUUUCGCUGGAGGAGAAGCGGGAGAAGAUGCUUCAGAUAUUCUAUGAGUCUCAAGACUUCUUCCUACUAAAGGAACUAGAGAAGAUGGGACCGAAGAGGGGUGUAAUUAGUCAGUCUGUGAAAGAUGUUAUCCAGAGUUUAGUCGAUGAUGAUCUUGUCGCGAAAGACAAGAUUGGGAUUUCUAUCUACUUUUGGAGCCUUCCCAGCUGUGCUGGCAAUCAACUUAGGAGUAUCCGUCAGAAACUUGAAUCUGAUCUUCAGGGUAGUAACAAAAGGCUAGCAGAACUUGUUGAUCAGUGUGAGGCCCUAAAGAAGGGAAGGGAAGAAUCGGAGGAACGAACAGAGGCCUUGACGCAACUCAAAGAUAUUGAAAAGAAACUCAUAGAGCUGAAGAACGAAAUGGUACAAUUUGCUGACAACGAUCCAGCUACUUUGGAGGCAAUUAGGAAAGCAAUUGAAGUUGCUCACCAGUCGGCUAACAGAUGGACAGAUAACAUCUUCACAUUGAAACAAUGGUGUUCAAACAACUUCCCCCAGGCCAAGGAACAGCUAGAACAUCUAUACACGGAGGCCGGAAUCACUGAGGACUUUGAUUACAUUGAGUUAUCUUCAUUCGCGUUGAGCUCAUCACAUGAAGCUGAUACUGCAAGGCAGCUAGUAGAAGAUGAAGCUUAGUUCUAAAACUCUCCAGCAUAACAAUUAAAGACACUAUAGCUUAAAGUUUUUGUUUCUUUAUCAGUAGUCCUAAAGGUUGCAAUGGUCUGUUAUUCUAUGUGACCACAGUUUUGUGGUCAGAUAAGAUGCUUAUCUGUCGGCUGUCGGCUAUGUCCAAUGUUGGCUAUGUCCUUUUUAAAAAGAUUUUUAUAUAUCAUGGUUAGUUGUUGACCCA